CGGGGGGGGGUUGCGUAGCAGCGCCGCGGCCGGGCGGGGGCCGGGGAGGCUGCGGCCGCCUCUGAGCCCUGCAGGGUCCCGGAGCAGCCCGGGGAGCCGGGCUCGGCGCGAUCAAGCCUGUUUGUGACCUCCUGACUAUUCCUGUGGGAACAGGUCUCGGUCACCGGGAAGAAUGACGUUUUAAUCUGAGCGAGGAGGAAGGGAAAAGAUGGGCCACUGGGAGCAGCUGCUUAAAAAAAGCAAUCAAAACCCGCCCCUGUGUCUUUGCCAUUUCAGGAGGAAUUCUGCCACAGAAGGGUUCUGGCGACUGUGGUGAGCAAUGGGGUAUGAUGUAGCCCGCUUUCAGGGGGAUGUUGAUGAAGACCUUAUCUGCCCCAUCUGCAGCGGGGUUCUGGAGGAGCCGGUGCAGGCUCCACACUGUGAGCACGCCUUCUGCAAUGCCUGCAUCACCCAGUGGUUCUCCCAGCAGCAGACCUGCCCCGUGGACCGCAGCGUAGUUACCGUGGCCCACCUCCGCCCCGUCCCCCGGAUCAUGCGGAACAUGCUCUCCAAGCUGCAGAUCACUUGCGACAACGCGGUUUUCGGCUGCACGGCGGUCGUGCGACUCGACAACCUGAUGUCUCACCUCAAUGACUGUGAGCAUAAUCCAAAGCGGCCGGUGACGUGCGAGCAAGGAUGCGGCUUGGAAAUGCCCAAAGACGAGCUGCCAAAUCACAACUGCAUCAAGCACUUAAGGUCGGUGGUGCAGCAGCAGCAGACGAGAAUUGCUGAGCUGGAGAAGACUUCAGCAGAGCACAAGCAUCAGCUGGCUGAGCAGAAACGGGACAUCCAGCUGCUGAAGGCCUACAUGCGAGCCAUCCGCAGCGUCAACCCCAACCUGCAGAACCUGGAAGAGACCAUUGAAUACAAUGAAAUCCUAGAGUGGGUGAACUCCUUGCAGCCUGCACGGGUGACGCGAUGGGGCGGGAUGAUCUCCACGCCGGAUGCCGUGCUCCAGGCGGUCAUCAAGCGCUCGCUGGUGGAAAGCGGGUGCCCCACGUCCAUCAUCAACGAGCUGAUUGAGAAUGCCCACGAGCGGAACUGGCCGCAGGGCCUGGCCACCCUGGAAACCCGCCAGAUGAACCGGCGCUAUUAUGAGAACUAUGUGGCCAAGCGCAUCCCCGGCAAGCAGGCUGUAGUGGUGAUGGCCUGCGAGAACCAGCACAUGGGGGAGGACAUGGUGCUUGAGCCGGGCCUGGUGAUGAUAUUUGCACACGGAGUGGAGGAGAUCUAAAGACUUUUAAAGAGAGAGAAACAUUUUGUGCUUGAAAAAGAAUAACUUGUCUAAACCGCUGACAUCUCCCCCCAGCCCCCGUCAGUCACGGCAUUAUAUCAGGGCAUUAUUCCUCCAAGCGUGUGGCUCGUAAUUUAAAACGUGAUUCAAGGCCUCUGGCAAACGCUCCCUUGUAGCGCUGGGCAGUCACCCAGCAUCAUAGGCAAAAUGUGGUUUGUCCCUUGCAGCAGAUCUGCCUCCCAGUCAGGUGUCCGUGUGGCUUCUGACUGGCUUUGAAAAGCGCAGCCCCUUGAAACUGCUGCGGGCUUUGGAGCGGGCCUGACUGCUGACAUCUCUGCCAUUGUCCCGACCUCCUGGCGCAGAUCUUGGCGUGGUGUUGCCCUGGGGUGACCCGACCACACAGUGUUCACGUCCGCGCCACACCCCUGGUUUCUUUCCCCACUCUGAGAUACCUGUGUGAAAGCCACAGCUCUCUAGCCAGGCUCUCACAUGCCUGCACGGUCUCGCUUUGCAGCCUUUGGUGGGAGGUGGAAAGGGGGACCCUGCUCAGAUACGCCGACGGUUUGGCCAGGAGGCUAAGCUGCAGACACGAGCGAUGCCAAAUAACCGCUCCUCACAAACGAGUAGCGUUUUGCAGCCAGACAGCUGAGCCGUCGAGCAGACGCGCUCUGGAGCUUGGCUGUGGGGCCUUAUGCUGUGGCGGGGAGAAACCCGGCUUCAAGGGGGAUUUCGAAGUGGAACUAAACUCUCAUUGGAUGGCCUUUCGUCUCCUUCCUUUCUCCCCUCCCGCUCGGAGCCGGAGACCCGAGGGAGGCGCCGGACUCCAGAAGCCUGUAAUGUGGACGGCCUCUCUGCCUGCCAGUGACGGUUGCUUCCACUUCUUGCCCGGAACCUGGGUCCAGCUGUUCUGUCUGUGUGUGCGUUGAACGGGCCACAAAGAGCUUUAUGUAUUUUUUUUUCAGACACUUGUGAUUGUGGUUCGUUUUUUUGUACCUUUUUUUGCCUUGUUUGUUUGUAUUUUCCCUUUAUUUUAUUUUUUAAAUACAGUGGCCAGAAAUGCUGCCAGGUCCAAUUAA